UGACCCGGACAUGCAACCGGGGCCUGUUUUUGUGACUGCAGCCUCCUUCCUGUAGCCCGGUUGAGGAAGUGAAUUUCGCUGACAGGGCUGGGUUCAGAGAGGGAGACGCGAACAAAACAUCUUCAUCACGGCUCUCAAACAACAUCAAAGCAACAAGAGACAAAAGGAGCGACCUGUUAAACCAUAGUAAAGUUAGGGUGUACACUCAUCGGUGAAGUCGUGCUCUCUCCUGCCCAGCUGAGACCGCCGCAGACAUGAAUGACCAGCAGCUGGAUUGUGCUCUGGACCUGAUGAGGCGUCUGCCUCCUCAGCAGAUCGAGAAGAACCUCAGUGACCUCAUUGACCUGGUGCCCAGUCUGUGUGAGGACCUCCUCUCCUCUGUGGACCAGCCCCUAAAGAUCGCACGAGACAAAGUGGUGGGGAAAGACUAUCUGCUCUGUGAUUACAACCGAGACGGCGACUCCUACAGAUCCCCGUGGAGUAAUAAGUAUGAACCUCCCAUUGAAGACGGUGCAAUGCCUUCAGCCCGCCUGAGGAAACUUGAGGUUGAGGCAAACAAUGCCUUCGAUCAGUACAGAGACCUGUACUUUGAAGGUGGGGUUUCCUCCGUGUACCUCUGGGAUUUGGAUCACGGCUUUGCAGGAGUUAUUCUCAUUAAGAAGGCUGGAGAUGGAUCCAAGAAGAUCAAAGGGUGCUGGGACUCCAUUCAUGUGGUGGAGGUGCAGGAGAAGUCCAGUGGUCGUACCGCUCACUACAAACUCACCUCCACUGUCAUGCUGUGGCUCCAGACAACGAAAACUGGCUCCGGUACCAUGAACCUCGGCGGCAGCCUUACAAGACAGAUGGAGAAAGACGAGACGGUUGGAGAGUCCUCACCCCACAUCGCUAACAUCGGCCGCCUCGUUGAAGAUAUGGAGAAUAAGAUCCGCUCCACACUGAAUGAAAUCUACUUUGGGAAGACCAAGGACAUCGUCAACGGCCUGAGAUCUAUUGAGUCUUUGCGUGACAAUCAAAAGUACUGGCAGCUCCAAAAGGAGCUGUCACAGGUGCUCACCCAGCGACAGACCUCCAUUGAGAAGGGGUCAAAGGAGUGUGCAGACUCUGGCUGACAAGUCAAAGCAGGAUGCUCUGAAGGUCGACCUGAUGGAGGCGCUCAAACGCAAACAUAACAGCUAGAGAUGCUACUGUUGUUUUCUUCUGUCUCUCUGUCUCUCUCUCUGCCUCAUCCCUGCCAUCUUUUCUCUGUUUCUUUAUGUCUCUUCCUCCAUGCCUGUUUCAGUGCUGCACUCUUGUUUAUUUGUGGAAAAAUAAAAAAGGAGAAAUGCUUAGCUUUUUU